GAGAGAGGUGAGCUUUUUAUUGUUGUUGUUACUUUCUACUUUUCAAUGUUACAAAUAAGUUUUAACUUUGCAGCAAUUCAAUUCUGUCAUUUUAAGUGCAAGUGUAUAAUUUUCAUUGAUGUCGGGUCAGUUUUGGCGGCAACCUGUCGGACCGACAUUGAGACAUUAUUUCAUAGACUACAGAAGAAUAAUCACAGGAAAUUUAAAUCACAACGUUUCUGUAGAGCGUGAAUGAAAAAAUGAGAAAAGAAAUCAUCUAAAUAUAAGUUGCAGAAGAAUUUAUUCCUCAAAACUUUCAUUGAGGAAAUGAGUCAGUUUGUACUGGAAGUCGUGUUUAUGCACACCAUGAACGAAGUUUCCUGGGAUUAUUUCCUGAUAUUACAGCAGAGAUCAAAGUGAAGAGACAGUUCUCAGCUGAUCGAUGUUUUAUCUUCUAACAGCUGAAUUGUUAUUUAUAACUUUAAUGAUCCAGUUCUUUGUUUUCUGCCUCAAUCGUGACAUUAACAUCAGCCUCAGCUGCUCUUUACAUUUAGUGCUAAUUAGCAAAUGUUAGCAUGCUAAUAUGCUGAACUAAAACAAAAGACAAUUUAAACAAUAUAGCUGCUUAUCAGCAGGGUAUUGGAAUGCUGACAUAGGCAAAUUAGCUUUCAGCACAGUGCCGCAGCCUCACAGAGCUGCUAACAUGACUGUCAACUCUUAGUCUUACAUGAAUCUCUGAAUAUUACGGUACAUUUUGUUUUUUGUGUUGUUGUUUUCAGUCAAAAUGAAGAUCGCAGCCUUCAAUGUGAAGAACUUUGGAUGUAAAAAGGCCAACAAUGAGUUUGUGCGGACACAACUGAUCAAGAUCGUGUCUCGGUACAGCCUGGUGGUGGUGCUGGAGGUGAUGGAUCAAAGCGGCAAGGCCAUCGACAUGUUCCUCACAGAGCUGAACGCCUUUGAACAGAACAAAAAGCAUCCGUAUGCUAUGCAGUGCAGUGAACCUCUGGGACGAAGAUUCCACAAGGAGAAGUUUGUCUUCUUCUACAGAAAGGACGAGGUGAAGGUGAUCGAAUCCUACCAGUGGAACGAGGAAUAUGUCGACCUCCUCGCCAGAGAGCCCUUUGUUGUGCACUUCAGUUUGCCAAGUACAGUUGUGAAGUCGCUGGUCCUGAUCCCCGUCCACACCACACCAGACUCUGCAGAGACGGAGCUGAGCGCUCUGGACGAUGUGGUCAAAGCUGCGAGAAAGAAAUGUAGGACUGAUAACAUCAUGAUUUUGGGAGACUUUAACGCAGAUGGACGUUACCUCCCCGAGACGAAGAAGGCAAAGGUCUCCAUACACCAGCCGCCCUACUAUUGGCUGAUCGAUGAAGACGCCGACACGACAACCAGCAACAAUAAUGACCACACCUACGACAGGAUUGUGGUGUACGGAGACGACAUGUAUGAUGCUGUUGUGAAAGGCUCAGCUCAACCUUUCAACUUCCAGAGAGCCUACCGUCUCUCUGAUGAACAGACUCAAGAGAUCAGUGACCACUACCCUGUGGAGGUGGAGCUGAGGGAGCCCAGAGGACAACCAACGAAGAAGAAAGGUAUCUCACUGACAUCAUUAAUGUAUUCUUUGACCUGCACCAUACGAGUCACAAUGAAGAUAGCUGCCUUCAAUGUCAAGAACCUGGGCUGGAAAAAAGUCACCGACGAGACUGUGGUCCGCCACCUCACCAAGAUCAUGUCUCGGUACAGUGUGGUGGUGAUACUGGAGGUGAACGAUAAGAGCGGUAAGGCCAUGGAGAAGUUACACCAAGAGCUCAACAGCAGCAGCUGGACCCGAACCCGUCCCUACUCCAUGAUCGCCAGCAGUCAGCUGGGACGAGACACAUACAAGGAGCAGUUUGUUUGUUUCUACAGGAAGGACGCAGUGACGCUGGAAGCUUGUCAUCAGUAUGAAGAUAAUCAGGUUGGAGAUGAGGACGUGUUCGCCAGAGAGCCCUUCAUCCUGCGCUUCAGCUGUCCAACUACAGUUGUGAAAGACCUGGUUCUGAUCCCGGUCCACACGAAGCCCGAGGACUCACAGAAGGAGCUGGACGAGCUGCACGACGUGGUCGAUGCCGUCAGGAAGAAGUGGAAAACUAAUAAAAUCAUGAUUUUGGGGGACUUUAACGCAGAUGGACGUUACCUCUCCAAGAAGAAGAAGGAAAAGAUCCGCAUCUGCUCGGCUCACUACCAUUGGCUGAUAGAGGAUGAUGUCGAUACCACGUCCAGUAACCUAAACGACCACACCUACGACAGGAUCGUGGUGUACGGACAGACCAUGCUGAACGCAGUCGUUCCCGGCUCGGCCAAGUCUUUCAACUUCCAGAGAGAGUUCAAGCUGACUGACGAGGAAACUCUGAGUAUCAGUGACCAUUAUCCCGUGGAGGUCGAGCUGAAGACUGAUCAGAAACACAAAGCACCGGCUCAGAGGAGGAUGGUUCUGACCCGAACAGAGAAGACAACGUCCAACAGACCGACUCAGAGGACAGCACUAACAGGACCACAGAAGAAGAAGGUCAAACCACCAGGAUUACAGAAGAAGAAGAAGAGGGCACCUAAAAGAAAGAGAGGACAGUCAUCAGACACACCAGCCAAGAGAAGACGUUUGGACAAACAAUGAACAGACUUUAAAGAUUUUGCAUCAAUCAGUCACUGUGAAGAAUUUUUAUUUGAGUUACAGCCAGAAAUAAAUGCUUAAAAGUUUAACAUGAAAUGUGUUUCAGCUUCCUGAUUAUUUAAAUCUGCCAUCGCUCAGCACAGGUGGUUCAUUUUAGUACCCAAAGGUCCAAAUGACCUCAUUUUGAUUUGCACUUUAUUGGCUUUGUCAACCAGGACAAUCACCAUUUAUUUACAUGACUGACAUUAAAGGAGCAAUGUGUAAGAUAC